AUGACUGAAAUACUUGCCCCUUACUCGCACGAGCACUUUCACAGUCUCCCCACAGUCAAGGACGCACACGACACUUUUGAGCUUCUUGAGGGCCAGAGCCACGUCGAAUGGCUCAAAGAUUUCUUCGUGGAGCAUGGCAUGGACAGAAAAUUUGGCUUGGCCAUGAUGCAUCGUCACUUUGACUUGGAUCCUAGCGAGAGGCUGGUUGAGUACUUGGGCACAUCAACUCCUUGGACGGGCUCAUCGGAUGGUAUGAAUGAACCACAGCCAUCUAUGUGGGCUUUUGAUAGCCAAGGGCUCCUGAGACCGACCGAGUACAUGUACUCGACCCUGCAAGACGACGGUUUCGACCCUCAAAUGCUUGACUUUGUCACUCUGUUGAAAGCAAAGCCCGAGUCGCGAGGGCUGGCUCAUCUCUUCGGUUUGGCCCGAUAUCCGGGCGACAACUUUCGAGGCUCCUGCGAAUUCACCCAAGGAAGGGCCAAUAUCAAUCUACAGCCCAAGGAUUACCCGGAUGACUUGAAAGCCUUUUCUACAAUUUGGUUCUUCUCCCCACCACUUUGGGAGCUCAAAUGCAACUGCAAGUGCAACGAAAUCGCAGAGAAUCACAGCCACAGUCAUAGAAAACCACAGCGCUAG